AUGGGGCGGGGCGUUGCGAUGAUGAGGGGGCACCAGACUAACCCGGCCCCGGGUGGAGCAGGUGGGAUGACAGAGCGCGGCUUCCCUGGGCCCUACCAGAUGGGGGGCCCAGGCCCAGCCUCCUGGACUAGACCCCCGAACUUCGCCCAUCUAGAAUGCCCCCUGGUUCCAGCCUUUCCCACGGGCCGGCCCGGACGGCUGCAGCGCCACCUCCUGAGCGGCGAGUUCGAUCAGCUGCGAGACUUCCCCAUCUUUGAGAGCAACUUUGUGCAGGUGACCCGGUUAGGAGAAGUCGCCAACAAGGUCACCAUGGGGGUGGCAGCCUCCAGUCCAGCCCUGGAACUCCCAGACCUGUUGCUGCUGGCCGGCCCUGCCAAGGAUAACGGACGCCUGCAGCUCUUUGGGUGA